AAGCUGCGGCUCCACUCUGCUAAUUACAAUGCAGCCUUUGCAAGUAUUACUGAUUCCAGUGCUCUGCCUGUUGGCCGUAGGACAGGCAUGUGAGGACGCAGCAACAACGGCGAGCAACUCCAAGGAUUGGUGGGAGACGGCGCAGUUCUAUCAAAUCUAUCCGCGCUCCUUUAUGGACUCUGAUGGUGAUGGCAUAGGCGAUCUCAAUGGCAUCACUAGCAAGCUGGAGUAUCUAAAGGACCUAGGCGUGACAGCCGCUUGGCUUUCGCCCAUUUUCAAGUCUCCCAUGGUGGACUUUGGCUACGAUAUCUCCGACUUCUUCGACAUACAGCCGGAGUAUGGCACAUUGGACGACUUUCGUGCACUCAUCAAGAAGGCCAACGAGCUGGACCUCAAAAUUAUCUUGGACUUUGUGCCCAAUCACUCUAGCAAUGAGAGUGACUGGUUCAAGAAGUCCGUGAAGCGGGAGAAGGGCUACGAGGACUACUACGUGUGGCACGAUGGGAAGAUAAAUGCUGAGACAGGCAAGCGCGAGCCUCCAUCCAACUGGCUGCAGGCAUUCAGAGGCAGCGCCUGGGAGUGGGUCGAGGAGCGCCAGCAAUACUAUCUGCAUCAAUUUGCAGUGCAGCAGGCGGAUCUGAACUAUCGCAAUCCGGAUGUGGUGGAGCAGAUGAAGCGCGUGCUGCGCUAUUGGCUGAAUGAGGGCGUCGCUGGCUUCAGGUGCGACGCAGUGCCUGUGCUCUUUGAGGUGGAGGUAGAUGAGAAUGGCCAAUAUCCGGAUGAAGCAGUGAGUGGCCUCACAGACGACGUGGAUAAUCGCAACUAUCUAAAGAACGAGCUAAUUGAGAACAGGGCCGAGACCAUUGACAUGGCCUAUCAGUGGCGCACAGUGAUGGAUGAUCACCAGCGCAUUUAUGGCGGCGAGACGCGCGUGCUGCUCAUUGAGACCUAUGCCCCGCCGGCUUACACGAUGCAGUUCUAUGGCAAUCGAUCCGUGGAAGGCGCUCAUCUGCCCUUUAAUUUCAAUCUGAUUACGGUGCCGGCCAGUGACGGGGUCUCGGCAAGCUCUAUUAAGAAGGCUGUGGAUAACUGGCUGCUGACCAUGCCAGCCGGACGCACAGCCAAUUGGGUCAUCGGCAACCACGACCAGCGUCGAGCAGCCAGUCGCUAUGGCGUGGCCAACACGGAUGCAAUGAACAUGCUGGUCAUGGUCAUGCCAGGCGCGAGUGUCACCUACCAGGGCGAGGAGCUGGGCAUGACAGACGGCUGGAUUAGCUGGGAGGAUACUCAAGAUCCGGCUGCUUGCAAUUCCAACCAAGAGCUCUACGAACAGUUCACGCGUGAUCCUUCGCGCACUCCAUUCCAGUGGACAAGCGGCACCAAUGCGGGCUUCUCGACGGCUGCAAAGACAUGGCUUCCGCUCGCCGCAGACUUCGAGACACAAAAUGUGCAGGUCGAAGCGGCAGCCACUCGCUCCCAUCUCAAGAUCUACAAGUCGCUGGUGGCAUUGCGUAAAAGUUCCAAAGCCCUGCAAAACGGAGCCACCAAAUAUGCUGUGCUCAAUGACAGCGUGUUUGUGGUCAAGCGCUCUUUGUCUGGCUCUGCCAGCAUCGUUUUUGUGGCCAAUUUGGGCAGCAAAGGCACCACCAUUGAUCUUGACCAGUUUGACAAGACUUUGCCAACGCAUUUGACCCUGAAAAUACGUAGCCUUAGCUCCAGCAAGGCUGAGGGGUCUCUGUUCGAAAGCCAAGGCCUCAGCCUGGCAGCUGGCGAGGCUCUGGUAAUGAGCACCGAUUAAACGCAGCAAAGUUCUUUAUAUUUUUAAGCCUAACCAAUUAAAUCUUGCAAUCGCACACUUGAAAAA